AUGUCUUGGCACCGUGUAGUGACAGUGGUGGCGGCAAGGACCCACGUGAUCAAUGCCCUGCUGCUGGUGGUGGGUGUGACCGUGGUGAUCGUGGGUGCCUACUUCUCCCGAGACUACGUCAGGCGUGUGUUGCUGUGGGUGGCGGGGCAGGAGGCGUGGGUGGUGGUGUUGGUGUUCCUCGCGCUGUUCACGUUUGUCUCCAUGCCGCUCAUGUGGGGGUACAUAGUGGUGAACAUCUCGGCUGGGUACAUGUUCGGCACGUGGCGCGGCCUGGCGGUGACGGUGGCCACGGCGACGGCGGGCGUGUUCGUGGCGCAUAUGCUUAUCCGCGUCUGCCUCAGGAAGGCUUCUAAAUGUCAUACGAUUACUACCCUCCAAACGUAUUUAUAUUCUCACCUUUACCUGCCGUGUCUCCCCGCACAGGUGUCCCGGGUUCCCACGUGGCUGUACCUGGCGGCCACGGUGCUGGGGCUGCUGCCGACACAGGUGCUCAACUGCUACCUGGGCACCACCGUCAGGAGCUUCGACGAUGUGGUGUCCCAGUCUUCCUCCGCGUCGGCCACGGCCUGGGGGGUGUUCGCUGUGCAGGUGCUAAUAAGCGUGGGGCUCACCAUGUGGGUCGUGCGGCGGGCGAAGGUGGAGCUGCACAAGACAGUGGCGUCCCAGCUCUCCCAGGACCCCUCGCCCACGCCCACGCCCACGCCCACGCCCCCGCUCUCCCCCCACCACCAAGCCUCCGUCUCCGCCACGCCCCCGCCCCCUGACGCCCCCGCAGAAACAACCACGAGUAAUCUGGAGAAAGGAUCGGGUGUUAUUUAUGGCCAUGGUGGCGACGGGGCGGAAAGUAAUACUCCGGACGAUGAACUAAUUCUGGCUGACGGUGUCUCUCCCAGCACCUCCCCCGGACUCUCUCUUAUCACCCACAACGACAACAACAUCACCACCACAGCCUUCUCCGCCAUCGACCCUGCCUCCGUCACCGCCACCUCCCGCAGGAACUCGUCCGACGACACCCUCAUCCUUCUGGAGCAUCCUACGUGAGACUGCCGCGCCCAAGAGGAGACACCGCUUCUUCCGCAGACGUCUGUUCGGGGGCCACCAAGUUGCUCCCCUCUCACCCUUCCCACGCCUCGCCCACGCUGCGCAAGACAAUGCACAUACACGCGCCCCGCCAGCAACACCCACGCCAGACAGACAGACGGCAUAUAGUAUUAACGGAGUGAAACAUAACGGGUGCGUAAUCGAGGGGGCACACAGCUUCCACCGGCGAGUCCUAAGCAUGGGUGACCUGCCUGUCGUUUUCGAAGCCACAAUGAACACCGAAGAGGAGGACGAGGAAGAUGAUUUGAGACAAUCCUUCGUCUCGCUGGAUAGCUGGCAACGCACCCCACGCACCCCAAUCGAGGAAUACGGACCCGAAGAUAACUUGGAUAAUCGAAGUGAGGACGAUGACGGGUCUGAUAUUCGUGUGAUCAGAGUGAGAACAGCGUCCGCCUCCAACCCUGCUGAGGAUGUGGAUUCUUUGCCUGCCUUUCCUACAACUCCGAGGCAAUCCAGUCAAACGUCAAGAAUCACUCCUUCCACAACACCCGAACAUUCCACCUCACCCGCACGCAGACAGUCCCCUUCUGCUUCCACACCAAGGGACUUCAUUGCUUCCACACCGGUACCUUCCAUUCCCUCUACGCCAAAAUCAUCAACACCUACCUCUCCAAGACCUCCUCCUCUCACUCCAGCAUUAUCCCUUUCUUCCACGUCCAUACAAUCUAUUCUUUCCGCACCCAGACGGUCCCCUCCUUCCACGCGAGAUAAAUCACCUCCAUCCCCCACUCAGCGACAAUCAACACCAACCACACCACCAAGACGGUCUACAACAUCCACACCCACCCACUCCACACCCUCCACGCCGCCCACCAAGCACGCACCUUCCACCUGACAUAUACUCUCGCAGUGCUCCUCGCCACGCUCCGCCGUGGCCUGGCUGAGUGGUGUGUUCCUAGCACAGUAAAUCUAUUUUCUUCCUCCCGCGGGUAACUUGUGCCCCGCCACUACAACGUUCGCGGCGGACGAGACCAAAGGCAGAGGAAGAACACUUGUAACACUACUGCUCACCUCUAAUGUCAAUGCAAUUCCCGCCUUGCUCAGCCCUCAGCGGUGCCCCGCUGGGUGGUGCGAGGCCUGGCGGGCAGCAGAAUGUGGCACAAGAUGGUAGUACAAGUUGGUGUUAACGUACACUACAUGUAGGCACGGCUUCCAUACAUGACGUUCCACAUACAUGUCCAUCAACUAAACUGUUUGUAUAAGAAGGUUAUUAUUAAUUUCCCAGAUGAAAUGGGAAAUUUUUAAAUUAUUUUUCUUCUGUGAUGAUACAUAUAAAAAGAACGAGAAAAU